AUGGAGCUUAUAGAUGUUCGCCUCUGGCCAAGAUCGUACUUCGAAUGCAGCCCCGUCGUCACUGUGAUAGAAUUCAUAAGGCACAUGCUAAGCAGGUGGUUCGUGAGUAGAUGCAGGAAAAUAGAGAAGAUGGGUCAAGAUGAGGAGAUUCCACCGGCUGUCAAUAAAGAGCUGUUGAAACAGUUCAAUCUAUCCACUUCUCUCACGGUCAGAGAACUCUCGGUGUGGGAUUUUGAUGUGAGUCAGGUUUUACCAAACUCUUUAGACCUCUGCAAGUGCACAGAUCGCGGAAGUAUGGGUAUCGAACACAAGGACUGGCUAUUGAGUACACUUUGA